UCCUUUCGUCUGAGCUUCCAAGCCGUCGGCAAGUUCAAGCUUUCUCUGACGGAGAUAACCAAUGAGACGACCACGGCCGAUGAGCCUCUUCCGGAGAAGACCAACAAGUCUAACAGCAAGAAGGAUGAUUCGGAAGAUGAAAGCGAAGUGAGCUCCGAUUCUGAUGACACACAUUUGUCGAGGGUUGCUGAAACUGAAAGCGACUCUGAAAGCGACUCUGGAAGCGACUCUGAUUUGGAAUGCAUCUUCAGCAACAAGAAGAAGCUAGCCAUCAAGCAAGCUGCCAUCAAGAAAGCUGUGAAGCCAGCCGCUCGCACUGCCAAGAAGGUCAAGAAAGAGGCUGUUGCCAAGGUCAAGAAAGAGGUUGUUGAAAUUGAAGACUCUCCUGACAAAAAACCAGCUCCCAUCAAGAAACCAGCUCCUCCCGUCAAGCGAGCCCCCACCAAGGCGGCUGCCAAGGCAGCUGUCAAACCAGCAGCCACCAGGACCACUCGUACAACCAGAAACCGCAACCUUCGACGUGGAGAUUUCGCUACCAGCUUGGUCAAUGAUGGAGAUGAGUUGCCCGAAGUUGAAGCUUCCCAAGAGUUCUGGGGUUAG